UCUUUACCGAUCGUUCCCUCCCUUUCUACCAUCAUCUCUACGUUCUGCUACCCCUUGGUGAGGUGGCGGUCCAGAGCGCAGAGCGCGUCAGCCGUGCGGGAUGCUGAAUCCAAAGGAGAUUCAGUUGUACGCCUGGCUGCUCUGCCACUGUGCACUCUGUGCGCGUUUCAUAACGUUCUUCUUUCUCUGAGUUGAAAACUGUCAAAUCUUAGACGACAUAUUUUUUUUUUCUUUUCUUUAUCAUCUCUCUCUCUCUCUCUCUCUUUCUCUCUCUCUCUCUCUAUCUCCCUCUCUCUCUCUCUCUUUCUUCUCCCCCUCUCUUUGUCCAUUCUUAUCUAUUGCUCCAUUUCUCCAUCUUUUAUUCUCUUUUUUCCUUCUUACGUUCUUCUCCUUUCUCUUUUUCUCACCGUCAUUCCCAAUUCUCUUUUUCCACAUUUCCCAUUAUUUCAUUUCGUUGCGUCGCAUUCUCUUCCGGGGUUCAUCUCGCCGACGGAUCGAACAAGGAAUGGACUUUUUGUGAAAGAAAGGCGUGUACCGAACAUCCACGAUCGAAAUAAUUCCUUAUUUAUAUCCUCGGAUGACUAAUAUAAGAUAUUCGAUAUUGUAUAUCGUCAAGGAUGUCGAGCAAAGUAUUGGAUAACUAAUCAGUGCAACCCGAUCAAAGUUCGAACAUGCUGCUGUUAUUUAUCAAAGAGCACGGAUAACUGAGAAUGUUCGUUCGCCUGGAAAGUGGAAAUAAAUAGCUUCGCCUGAUUGACGAAAGGGCAAAAUGAUGAAUGUAAAAAAAGAGACGGUAUCGGUGUCUGUUAGAAUUAAAAAGAGCGAGAGAGCAAAGUUUUACGAAUAAAAUGAGUAAAAGGAUUCCCAUCAAGGAGUAAUAAAACAUAAAGGAAAUAGAGGGAUACAGGUGGAGCCGUCAUUUGAAUCGAAAGGACAAAGUGAACAAACAUUAAAUAGAUUCGUACAUAGUUCAAUAUUUGUACAGCCUCGCAUUUCGUAUUUCCCGCUUAAAUAUCGUAUAAGGGUCUCGCGAAUUGCCCUCGUUCGCGUCGCACUCGCAAACUCUAUCCAGAGAUAUGUACAAUGUACAUAAUGUAUACACAUAUGUAUAUGUAUAUGUAUAUAUAUAUGUGUGUGUGUGUGUGUAUGUGUGUAUGUAUACGUAUAUCUAUGCACAUAUACCAAGACCAGCAUCACACUGGCGUUGCAUCUCGAGUGCCUGAAAAAGCCGUUUCGAACGAAUUAAUAAUGCGGACGAAGAGGAGCUCUUUCGUUCCUUCUCUCCCUCUCCCUCUCUCUCUCUCUCUCUCUCUCUCUUUCUCUCGUCGUUGAAACGAACCAGCUGAACUUUACGCGAGUUCGUGGACCGCAUAGGUCAUGACCUGACGACCCAUCCCGGACCGACAUCUAGGCCAUUCUUGAAUUUUAAUCCGUGCCGCAAUUGCCACCGAGCUCGAUUAGCCCCGGCAUCGUAGAAAAGCGAUAGAGGUGUACCGAGCUUUAACAUCAUCCACAUCCACACGUCGGUCCACUUGAGCCUAUCUCUUUCUCUCUCACUCUCUCUUUCUCUCCCUCUCUCUCUCUCUCUCUCUCUCUCUCUCUCUCUCUCUCUCUCUCUUUCUCUCUUUCUCUUUCUCCUCAUCUACUUCGACACGACAAUAUUAUUUUCACCCUUCGGCUUAGAGCCCAUUGAAAUUUUACUUGGCCUUCUCUUUGAUAUGGAUAUUGGUAUGAGAAAAAGUCAAACAAAGCAUUUAUAAACAACAUCAAAUCAAAAUAUUCGCACUUUCUUUUCUCUCCCUAAAAAAAAUCUUCGAGAAAAAAUAUUCUAGAAAAAACAAAAGAAAAAGAAACAACAAAAAAAGAGAAAAAGAAAAAAGAAAAAUAUGUGGCUCGAAUUUUGUGCGAAUAUAUUUGGGCUGUUCCAUGGCUUAAAGAAAUUCAUUUUCAUGGCUCGAAUGUGGUGUACGACGAAUGUUUAUCUUUCAUUUAACAUGAUCCGCUGAAUAGUUCGAUGGAACGACGAAUAUGUAUGCAUGUAUGUAUCUACUUCUCAUUUACUUAAAUCCCAUAUACGAUAAUACGACGAAACUCUCUGACUCUCAACCGAGAAGCUUAAAUGCGUACCAGCUAUAACGGAGAUGAUAGGAUUAAUUAUAUAUGAACGGAUAGGAAGGAUCAAUGCGAACUAUGCUACCGUCACGUCGGAGGGGAAGGGGGUGGAGAGAACAGGACACGAGGAUGGGUGUCUAUGUGAUUGGGAUAGUUGGCGUUAUCGUGUUUUACGUGGCUGUACUCGCCGUUGGUAUUUGGGCUGCUUUUGUAAAAAGAAAGAAAAGUCAACAGCAGCAUGGCCAAAACGACAUGAUAUUGGCGAAUCGUCGAUUAGGACCAUUGCUUGGUGUCUUCACGCUCGUAGCCACGUGGGUAGGUGGUGCAUACGUGAACGGAACUGCUGAAGUCAUGUAUACGAAGGGUUUACUUUGGUGUCAGCCGCCGAUUGGUUACAGUCUGAGUCUUCUCUUUGGCGCUGUACUAUUUGUGAGACCAAUGAGGAAAGCCGAGUAUGUGACGAUGUUGGAUCCUUUUCAAGAACGAUAUGGUGCCGGAGUUGGUGGGCUACUCUUCAUUCCGGCACUAUUUGGUGAUUUGUUUUGGUGCGGAACGGUAUUGAAGGCUUUAGGAAGUUCGUUGGUCGUCAUUGCUGACGUUGAUCCACAAUUGAGCAUUUGUGCAUCGGCAUUGUUAGCAGCCAUAUAUACCGUUUUCGGCGGACUCUAUUCCGUAGCGUGUACAGACGCUCUCCAAUUGGCCUGCAUAGUUCUAGGACUGGCUAUCACAGCACCGUUUUCCAUAUUCCAUCCGGCUACAUCGUUUGAAAAGAAUUUAUCGUCUAGGGAGUGGCUCGGCGAAAUUAAAAACGAGGAUCUAGCGACGUGGAUCGAUGGCAUGCUUUUACUCGUAUUCGGUGGAAUACCAUGGCAGGGAUACUUUCAACGAAUAUUGAGCUUUCGAAGCACGACCGUUGCAACAACGUUAUCGAUAGCUUCAAUGUUCUUCUGUAUAAUGCUCGCUGUACCUUGCGCUUUGAUCGGUGUUGUGGCACGUGCAACGGACUGGACGAUGAUCGAGGGUCCGAACAAGACUCUGUCUUUCGAUGCUAAUGCUGCAUUACCUCUCGUGUUGAGGUACUUGACUCCACCAUGGGUUUCUUUCAUAGGUCUUGGAGCGAUCUCAGCUGCAAUAAUGUCUUCGGCAGACUCCAGCAUACUCGCUAGUAGUACUAUGUUUUCAAGGAAUAUUUAUAGACUCACACUUAGACCAAAGGCAUCCGAAAGAGAAUUAAAUUGGAUAUUACGUAUUUCGGUGCUAAUGGUCUCCGUUCUCUCGACUAUUUUCGCUCUCAAAAUUGACAGCAUUUAUUAUCUUUCGUAUCUCUCCUCCGAUCUUGUGUACGUCGUACUCUUCCCUCAGUUACUGGCGAUCAUUUAUUGGCCUUCGUUGGUCGAUACUUAUGGAUGCCUCGCGGGAUACUUUGUUGCUGUGGUAUUACGUGUCGGUGGAGGAGAAGAGGGUUUGGGUAUACCGGCACUGAUCGAGUACCCAUUUUACGACAAAGUGACCAGAACCCAGAAAUUUCCCUUCCGGACUGCCGCGAUGUUGUCGGCUCUCUUCGUGCAGAUCAUUGCUAGCUUCUUCACGCGAAAUCUUCUUGGAAAGGGAUAUUUCCCUCGUUGUUGCGACGUCCUUAGCGUUUAUUCACCUGGAAAGACAAAAGACCAAUCAGGGGUGAUACAGAGUAACUCGGGCGCAGCUUUAAUGGAUUCCUCUUCAGUAAACAAAUCAUUGUCGGGUAUAGAUGCAUGCGAUGGUGUCAGUGGUUGCAAUUAUGAAACUGAUAGGCCUGGAGCUCUCAGUUUAAACGAGGAUCCACGUUCUGAGCAACGUUGUUCCGAAAAUAACGUUGCUGUCAGCGAUUUUACAAAUAAUGAAACGAUAAGGGGAAACACCGUUGCAUCUGUCAUACAAAGAACCAAUCAAACUAGUCAAAGUUUUCACGGGAUCCCAAGAAAUUCUUCAGUCCAACCGAUCUCAUUGACUGGUAGGCAUGUACAAACGGCAACUAAUCAAUACGUUCCAAUACCGAUUAACGAAGCCAAUGCAACGUGUAGAGGUCAGAUUCUUGGAGUGCGCAAUCUUCGAGAUUCAUUAGGUCAAAUGCUUUUACCAGUCGACAACAAUGUUUCUUCGUCUGGUGGUAAUGACGUUGGAAAUAUCAAUGCGAUUCCCUCGAAUACGACAAUACCAGCAUCUAUGUCAAUUGUUUCAUCUUAUAAUAAGAUAUGUAAUGAGAGCACAACGACGAAUGAUAAAUUAUCGCGAGACUGUGAGAGAACUGUCGAUAGAAAUCCAGUGGAAUUUAAUUUAAAUGCUCAAGACAGUAUGCUUACAAAUGUUUGUGGUAAGAAGAAUGUUAAGGGUGUCAAAUUGGUCGGUAUGGAUGGUGGAACUUUGAGAAGACCGUCGUUACAAGGUACAUUCUCUCCAACACCAUCCGUAGAAUUGGUUCACAUUCUGGAUAGACGACAAAGUAGUGGUUCUUACGGUCCAGGAUCUUUAUCUCCAGUUCCAAUGGGCAUAGAAGCAUGUAAGACUCAUGGUACUGCACCCGAAGGACACAGCGGGAACGAACAUUGCAGAAUAAAAAGAGGGAUCGUCAGGCAUCACAGCUUUAACGACACCGGAGAUCGAGCUCUUACAACAUUGGCCAGACAACCGACUUAUCCUUCGAUGCCGUUACGACCGGAGGAUUGUCGUAUGACUUUAGUGAAGAAGGACAAAAGAACGGGUAUGAUUGCUCGUCAUUCCUCCGUAACGAAUGAAAAGGAACUCGGUGGAUGUACGACCACUGGUGUCGUCAUCUGCAGCCCAAGUUACAGUAUGUACGGUUCAGCCGUUAAGAACUCCAAUUACUUUGUGACCGACGAUGAAGCGGUCAGCAGAUUUUAAAAGAUAAAACGUCGAAGUGGAAAAUUGAAGAGACUAAGAAUCGAUGACAAUCGUAGCUAUCUUCUCAUAGAUGAUAGGUCAGCUCCUUCGUACCUCUAUAUCUCAGUCCCAAUUUUUCAUUAUUGAUUUGUUCAGUAAAUUUCUAUAAAAAUGUCAUACCUAUCCUUCUUUUUUUUUUUUCUUCUUUUUGAAUAUACAUAGAUACAUCCUAUACAACACAACUUUCCGUUCCAUUGUUCAUUAGGUCGACGUAGGUUAUAGAUGGAACAGAUAGCUCGGCGUUUAUAACACGGCUGACGAAGCUGACGACGAACAUUUUCUUUUUUUAAAGCGACAUCAAGCGCACACGCAAAGGCAGGGUGGCUUGUGCCAUAUAGCAGAGAGCACGUGACAUAAGCAUUUCUAUCUGACAAAUACGUACAUACAUAUAACAAAUACUCCUAGGAUAUAGACGCGUUCAUCCUUUUGUUUUAUCAUCAACGUAUAAAAAAUAACAAAGACAAUCUGACGAUUAAAAAGAUACCCUACUAUUCUAGAUAUUCAUACAAUGAAAUGCUUGUGUUCGUACAACUCUAGCUAGCGUGCAAUAAUUGUUACACACAUUUGUACAUAACAAUUUAAUAUUUAUAACAAUUACGAAAAUGUCUACUUUCGCGUGCUCGAUCUUAAAGCCCAUAUUCGUCCAAUUAAUAAUUAUGCGAUGUUAUUUCAAACAAGAAAACACAUGAUCAUGUCUCGAAUGUGCUUGCGAAAGGAGAAAUGAUCGUGAGAGAUCGAUUAAAAACUUUCUUGUAUAACUUAUAUACAUUUGAAAUGUUUAGAGUAUCACUUGAGUCAAGUAGUUCAAAUCGAAACUAGUCAGACCCUGUCCAUUAAUCACCACUAUAUACCUCUUUACUGAUACAUAUAUUACGUUUAAGAUAUUAAUAGGACUGAAGUUUCGAUGUCCUUUAGUUUUCGAUAUCCAUCCUAUUUCAGACUGAAACAAAUGAAUUUUGUACAAAAAAAAAAAAAGGAAAAGAAAAGAGAAAUGAAUGAGGAGGAAACUCGAAUAAGGAUGCAACUUCUCUUUAGCAAAAGGCCCUUUUAGAUAUAUACAUAAAAUACUUGUCGUUCGUAGGGAAUAGAGAGAUUAUUUCUUUCUUUCUCUAUCUCUGUCUCUCUCUCUCUCUCUCUCUCUCUCUCUCUCCCUCUCUUUCUCUCUCUCUCUCUCUCUUUUAUGUCCAAUCUCAUCUGUAUAUAAUAUUAUAUUUAAUUAGUACUUCAUAUUUCAUACUUACCACGUUACAUACAUAAUACGAUCUUCACAUACAUUCUUGCGAAAAUUAGAUAUAAACUAAGCAAUAGAUGAUUAAUCGAUAAGAAUAGAUUAUCGAGUAAUAACAUACAUAUAUAUUAUAGGAAUGGCGUACUUACGCAAUCUUAAAGUUUUCACAAUCGAAUGAAAGAUAUGAGAGUUGAUAAGCAUAGUCAUGAAGAUGGGUAGCGUAAACUUCGUUUUUGGAAAGACCAUUAUAUCAAAAAGAUAAUUAGAUUGUUCUGCAGAAAAAAAAAGAAAAACAAAAAAAAAAAACAAAACGUAACGUUGCGAAACUCCUUUCGUCCGUUUUUUUGUUCGUUAAGACUUUAAAGGUAGGAAUUUUGAAUAAUUUAUGUCAAAUCGCUAAUUGCUUUGUCGUCAUAUUUUUUGGGACGAAGAGGGUUGAACUUUUUAAUUCUUUAACUUUUCCUUUUCAUCUUCAUUAACGAAGAUUACGCCGCUUGUAAAAGAACGUCCAGUAAAUUGGGUGCAAAUUUAUGAUACUCUGACAACAAAAAAUACGAUAUUUUUCCACCGAUAAAUCGUAAGGUCUGUAGGAUUAAUAUUGUACAAGUAGAUAGGAACGCGGAUGUCCACGAUAAAUCGGUGUGAUUAUAAAGUGGAAGUUAGAUCGUCCUUUUAUCGAACGAUUGUCGCUAAUGUAAAUGAGAAAGAAUUAAGUAUGUAGUAUCUCAAAAUAUGUACGUAGAGUAAAUAAUGCUCCGAUCCAUUUGUUAAAUGAGAUUUAACAUUUAAGAUUUCUUUUUAAUUUUUCUUAUUUCGAUCGAUUUCUUUUCUUUUUUUUUCUAUUAAUUGUCGAUGAUCGUAUCAUUUGUUAUUAUUAUUUAGAGAAUGCACUUAUCUCUACCACAUGAUUCGUACUUAAUUCGAAAUAACGAAAGAACAUAUAUAUAUAUAUAUAUAAACUUUUUAUUUACUUGUUUUUAAACUACAUUUUAAUGAUUAACUUAUUAAUACUUAUUGUGACCUUUUUGUUGCUUUUUUGUGAUUAUAAAAGAGCUUGUUUCAUUCCUUUUUUUCGUUAAAAAGUGAUUGGAGCCAAGAGUUUUCUCUACUUUUAUAUAUAGCCAGGUUCGUAUCCAUCCCCGUGGAAUUAAAAGAGUGAUCCUCAUCUCUCGUAUAUAUAUAUAUAUAUAUAUAUAUAUAUAUAUAUAUAUAUAUAUAUAUAUAUAUAUACACAUAUAUAUAUACACAUACAUAACAAUUUUUAGUAAAGUAAUAAUAAGCGGAAAAAAACUCGUAAUUAAGGCAGUAAUUAUUAAUUAAUAAUAUAGAGAUGUGGGGGAAUGGAUAAGGACCUGAAGAAAAUAACAACAAGAAAAACAAUGAUAAAAUAAUAUUACGUUGAUUUUAUUCUGUCGGACGUCGAAAAACCUAUAUCAGUAUUAUUCGAUCGUAGAGAAGGAUUCGUGAGUUAGAGAUCGAAUUCUGAUGGGCGAAUCCUUGUGAGAGACACCUCUUGUCUUUCAUAGAAUUACUUAAUUCGUUAGAAUAAUAUGAUUAGCACAGGCAAUACGGCGAUCGUGUUGGCACAAAUACAUAAUAUGUUUUUGCUUUAAAUCAAAAUAACGAAACGAUACUGCCCUUUCUAUGAACAAAAGAAAAAAAGUAAAAAGUAAAAAAAAAAAGAAAAAAAAAAAUAAGAGGAAGAAAAAAGUAAAAUUCGAAACAGAAAAUUUUUUUCUUUUUGUUUUUGAUAUUACAUGUACGAAUAUGGAGUGGCCGAGAACAGUAAGCAAUCUUAACAUUGUCCUAACGUAGAAUAUACAUAUACAUACAUAUACGGUAGUUAUAUUUAAGUUCAUUUAUUCUAUAUCUAUUUCCCUGAAACGACGAAAUAUAUAUAUAUAUAUAUAUAUAUAUAUAUAUAUAUAUAUAUAUAUAUAUAUAACAGCAAAAUGAAAAAGAAAGCCGAAGAAAAAUGUUUUUUUUAUACUUAGAAUCAUACGUACAUAAACAUAUAUGUACGUAUAAUAUCGACUGAGACCGCGUCCUCCCCUAUUUCUCGACUAUCAAAUUCUAAUGAAGAAAGAAAUAUUCCCGUCUUUUAUAAUAAACAAAAAACAAAAAAAAAAGAAUACGAAGAAGAAAAACUUUCUAUACAAGUUUAAAAUGAAUUACUUGGUCUAGGAUUACCAAUUAUUUUUCUACUUUUAUCUAUGACGCAAUAUAAAACAUAAAAGAGAACGCAUACAGAUAUAAAAAGUACAAUACACGAUAUAUAAGUACACGUUAAUGGAGGUUGAAAAAAUAAAAAAAAUAGUAAAAUUAGUAGUUAAAUAUUAUAAUUGAUAACAUAUAAGUAUUCUAUACAUAUAUACAUACACAACAUACAUACAGUAACGAGCUAUAUCCAUAUUCGGCUAAUUAUAUUCUUCAAAUUAGUUAUCAUUUUGAUUUCGAACAUUUUAUAGAUCGAGAAUGUUCCGUCAGAACGUAUAUUUUCUAAUUCAUAAAAUUCGUCAAUAGUUCGUCAUUUCUAUACAAAUUAUUGUUGAUAUUAAUUUUAGAUAUAUGCGAUCGCCGUACGUUAUAAAAAAAAAAUAAUAAUAAUAAUAUUAAUAGUAAUAGUAAUAGUAAUAAUAGUAAUAAUAAUAAUAAUAAUAAUAAUAAUAAUAAUAAUAAUAAUAAUAAUAAUAAUAUUAAUAAAAUUAAAAAUGUAUGGUCGUCGAAAAGGUUCGUGUACUUUUGUUACGUAAUAAAACAAAACAAAAAAAAAACAAAAAAAGAAAUGAGAGACACAAGGACAAUUAAGCUUUUCUAAUAUCUCUCAAAAUAAUUUAAUUUUACAGAACCAUUUUCGUCGACGAAUACAUGCAAACUAUAAACUUCGAAUGAUAUCGGCUUAUCUACAUAUGUAUGUAUGAUACAGUGAUCUCUUUCAAAAAAAAAUCAUUUUGGUUGAUAUACACAUACACAUAUAUUUUCUUCUUUUUAUGUUUACUUGAAUUAUCUAUAACCUAUUAUUUUUAUGAAUUUAUAUUAUUAUUCAUUAUUUUAUCGCCAUACGAUAUCUCUCGAAGUUCGUUUAUGUACGAUAUACUUGAAUAUAUACAUACAUACAUACAUACAUACAUACAUAAUAUAUAUAUAUGUGUGUGUAUGUGUGUUUAUACAAUAUAUAUGACACGUAUAUACAUACAUAUAUGUACACACACACUUACCAAGCAGAAUAGGAAAAAUUUUUGUUUACGCACAAACAAAAAAAAAAAAAAUACAUACGAAGCGUCUCUUCUUUUUGUUUCUCUCCUUAGGAUUCAACUUUUAUACUCGACAAUAUUUAAGUAAAUAUUUUCACUUUUAAAAGAGCAAUCCUUUUUUUACAGUUAGCGAAAUCACUUGUAUGAAAAAAAAAAAAAAAUGAACAAACAAACAAAAAAGAAUACGUAGUUUUUAUUAAUAUAAUUUGUAAAAUCUCAUAAA